AUGCCUCUGGAAGUGAGGUGCCCUCCGGAUGGCCGAGGGACGCCAAUUCCUGAGUCCUCGACGCCGUUUUGGAAGAACCUCGUCGCAGGAGGCGGCGCCGGGCUGGUGGAGAUCGCGUGCAUGUAUCCUACAGAUGUGGCGAAGACACGACAACAACUCUCGGGAGGGAAAACGACCUCGAUGGUGUCAAUCUUCCGAGACAUAAUCCAGAACGAGGGGCCUGCCAACCUCUACCGGGGCGUGGCGAGCCCGGUGAUGGCAGAGGCGCCCAAGAGGGCAAUCAAGUUCAGCCUCAACGCGUCGUUCAAGAAGCUUCUCCAGAAAGACGACGGGACUCUGCCGUCCUACCGAGCGGCUGCGGCGGGAUCUCUGGCGGGGAUGACGGAGUGCUCCGUCAACACCCCAUUCGAGAUGCCGAGACUUACCGGUGCCACAAGCACACAUCCUCACCACGAUACCCCGUGCUCGGCGGAUCAGGUGGUGGAGAUGCACAUGCACGAACGCCGUCUGAAGCUCACAGCGAUCCCUUCCUACUGUUACACCGUUGUUUCGUCAGUAUGA